CUCUUCUCCCCCAAAACUCUCAUCCCAUCUCUCCUUCUCUCGAGCUCCAGCUCUCUCCCUCUCUCCCUCUCUCUCUCUCGCUCUCUCCAUGGGCUAGGGUUUUCAACACUAGGGUUCAGUGAUGGACUGGGACAGCGAAUCGGAGGACGUCUCUGCUGCAGCGUCUGCAGCCGAGGAGGAAGAAGAGGAAGGAUUCAUCGUGAGUGAUGGUGGGGUGCCGAUUGCUAUCCGUUCUUCAGCGCCGUGUGGACUGGUAGUAAGUGACGCGCUGGAGCCGGACCAUCCGAUCAUUUAUGUUAACACGGGGUUUGAGACCGCCACAGGCUAUCGCGCCGAGGAGGUGCUGGGACGGAACUGCCGGUUCUUGCAAUGCAGAGGGCCUUUUGCACAGAGGAGGCACCCUUUAGUGGAUUCUACAGUGGUUUCUGAAAUAAGGAGGUGCCUUGAGGAAGGUUGUGAAUUUCAAGGUGAUCUAUUGAAUUUCAGGAAAGAUGGUUCCCCAUUGAUGAAUAGAUUACGGCUUACCCCUAUAUAUGGAGAAGAUGAUAUAAUAACUCAUGUCAUUGGUAUUCAGUUUUUCAGUGAAGCAAAUAUUGAUUUGGGCCCACCAGCUGGUUCUGUAAAGGAAUCUAUGAGAUCAACCAAUCGAUUUGCAACUGACCAUGCGGCCUACCAACUUAUUUCAGCAGGGCAUGGGCAUAUUUGUCGUGAGUACUGUUGUAUCUUACAGCUUAGUGAUGAGGUGUUGUCUCAGAAAAUACUUUCGAGGCUGUCUCCAAGAGAUAUUUCUUCAGUUGGUUCAGUGUGCAAGCGACUUUAUCAACUUACAAAUAAUGAGGACCUUUGGCGAAUGGUUUGCCAGAAUGCUUGGGGCACUGAAACUACUCGUGCCUUAGAAACUGUAUCAGGAGCUAAAAGGUUGGAAUGGGGACGGUUAGCAAGAGAAUUGACCACCCUCGAAGCAGUGGCAUGGAGGAAACUGACUGUGGGAGGUGCUGUGGAGCCUUCUCGUUGCAACUUCAGUGCUUGUGCUGUUGGAAAUCGUGUUGUUCUUUUUGGUGGGGAAGGAGUUAAUAUGCAACCAAUGAAUGAUACAUUUGUGUUGGAUCUAAAUGCUAGUAAACCAGAGUGGCGGCAUGUUAAGGUGAGUUCCCCACCACCUGGUAGGUGGGGUCACACACUCUCUUGCUUAAAUGGAUCGUGGUUGGUUGUCUUUGGUGGAUGCGGAAGGCAAGGGUUGCUGAAUGAUGUUUUCAUAUUGGACUUGGAUGCUCAGCACCCAGCUUGGCGUGAGAUAUCUGGGCUGGCACCUCCACUCCCUAGGUCAUGGCAUAGUUCUUGCACCCUCGAUGGCACAAAAUUAGUUGUCUCAGGUGGCUGUGCAGAUUCUGGUGUGCUCCUCAGUGAUACUUUCCUAUUGGACCUCACGAUGGAGAAACCUGUAUGGAGGGAGAUACCGGUCUCUUGGAAACCACCUUCCAGGUUAGGGCACUCACUUUCUGUCUAUGAUGGGCGGAAAAUCCUGAUGUUUGGUGGUCUGGCUAAAAGUGGUCCUCUACGGCUGCGGUCAAGUGAUGUAUUCACCAUGGAUCUUAGUGAGGAUGAGCCUUGUUGGAGGUGCAUUACUGGAAGUGGAAUGCCUGGUGCUGGAAAUCCAGUUGGGAUUGGCCCACCACCCCGUCUUGAUCAUGUUGCAGUUAGCCUUCCUGGUGGUAGGAUUCUGAUAUUUGGAGGGUCUGUGGCCGGUCUUCAUUCAGCCUCUCAGAUUUACCUAUUGGACCCGACAGAAGAGAAACCAACCUGGAGAAUAUUAAAUGUACCCGGUCGACCUCCCAGAUUUGCAUGGGGACACAGUACCUGUGUUGUCGGGGGAACAAGGACCAUAGUGCUUGGGGGCCAAACCGGAGAAGAGUGGAUGUUAAGCGAGUUGCAUGAGUUAUCUUUAACAAGCUUCAUCCAGUGAAUGCUUUAUAAACAUCACCAUCAAUUGCAUCUGAGGAUAUAAUCAGUGGGAACAUCUUUUUGAAUGAGUUGCUGGGUAGAUCAAACAUUGGCAAUCCAUGGAAUAAGUAGAAUGGUGACUUUGUCCAAGUCCAAUUCCUUUGUGGACAGUCUGCUAUAAAUUUUCUUUCCACAGAUGAUAGUCUUGAUAAUGAUUAGGUUGUUCAUGGUCUGGGUGCUUGAUGUUUCCCUGUCAUGACUGUAAACACUUGCCAGUGAUUAGAUUGUGCGCCAUCGAAUUGUUAUCAGAUAAGUAAACAUAAUGGAUAUUAUCAUAAUUCAUAUAGCAUCUUUUGUAGCUUCCAGGCCAGCUGUGCGAUCGGUUUUUCUUUUCUUUUCCAAGGAAACAAUGCAGAUCUGUAUAUGUUUGAAAUUUGUCAGUCCUAUACCAUAUUUUCAGUUUUGUCCAAUUGGGUUGUUUGGAGUUAUGUAAAACGGUUGCCUAUCGUUUAUAGUCUUUGCUUGCAUAGUAACAACACUGACCUUCAUACAGACAAACAGAAUGUAUAUGUAUAUAUAUAUAUAUUAUAUUUAUCUCAGUCAACACUUAUGCU